GAGAAAUAUGCCGUUCGUUCUGUGUUGAGCGGCUGGUCAGGCCCACAAUCCCCAUCAUCCCAGCACACAGCGAGGCCACCCAAUUUACAAUUAUGUCAACAACAAACAGAUAGAUAAAAAGCACCCCUUCUUCUCCCUCUCCCACUUUUCUUCACCAAUUUCAUCCCAAACACAACCCCCCAAUUCAAUAAUUAUUCUCCAAAUACCCCUUUUACGACCUCAAUUAUCAACCCAAUUUGUGGGUUAGGGUUCUGUUCCUCAAUUUCAUCUUAAACCCAUUUCAAUCCCUCCAAAAUGGUGAACAGGGGGACCAGAUCGGAGAAGGUUCGAAAAAUAUUCAACCAAUUUGAUUUCAACAGAGACGGGGGUCUCAACAGGGAUGAAAUGUCAGCCCUAGUUGUCGCUGUAAACCCUAGGGUCAAAUUCAGCGACGAACAAAUUACCGCUAUUCUCGACGAGGUUUUCCGUACAUACGGCGACUUUAUAGACGGCGACAAGGGUCUUACGUACGACGGUUUGUUGCGUACGUACGAUGACGGAGCUGGUGACGUGGACCGUGAUUUUGAAGCCUUAGGGAUUGAGUUAAAACCUGAGGAUGAUAUUGAAGCUGCUUCUUCGUUAGCAUUGGAAGAAGCUUCCACUUCGUCGGCGAUUGAGCGCGUGUCGUCUGCCGGUGCCGGUGCUGGUGCCGGACCGCAGAUGAAGCACCGGACGGCGGCGUGGGCGGCCUCUCCGAACCACGGUAUUGUGUUUGAUGACACGUGGAAAUUGGUUGAUGAUUUGGAGAUUUUGAUCAAGCGGUUGAAGUCGAAACAGGCGAAAGAUGGGAAAACGAAAGGGGAGAAUUUUGAUGUCUAUUCGGAUCCCGGGUGGUCUAGAGAGCUUGGCCCGUCUUCGGAGAUUGAUAAACGGAUUGUUUGGGAGGAAAGCGGGCAUGAUUAUGCGGUUUUUGUUAAGGAAUUAAGCGCGUUGAGGUCUAGAGCGGAUGGGUCGAGGUCAAGAGAGGAGGCGUUCGAUGGGCAUAUGGCACUGGGUCGGGUUUUGUAUGACCAGCAGCUGUUUAAAGAGUCGUUGGUGUGUUUCAAACGGGCGGCGGAGCUGCAGCCGACGGAUGUGAGGCCGCAUUUUCGGUCUGGGAACUGUUAUCAUGUUUUGGGUAACCAUACGGAAGCGAAAAGCGAGUUUAUUUCUGCUUUGGAUGCUGCGGAAGCUGGAGGUAAUCAAUGGGGUUAUUUGCUUCCUCAAAUUCAUGUGAAUCUUGGUAUUGCUCUUGAGUUUGAAGGUAUGGUUAUAAGUGCUUGUGAACAUUAUAGAGAGGCUGCGAUUCUAUGUCCGACUCAUUUUAGAGCUUUGAAGCUUUUAGGCAGUGCUUUACUUGGUGUAGGAGAGUAUAAGGCAGCGGUGAAAGCGUUAGAAGAAGCGAUUUACAUGAAAAACGAUUAUGCAGACGCGCAUUGUGAUUUAGCUUCGGCUUUACACGCGAUUGGUGAUGAUGACAACGCGAUUAAGGAGUUUCAAAAGGCUAUUGAUUUGAAACCUGGGCAUGUAGAUGCUUUGUAUAAUCUUGGUGGUUUGUAUAUGGAUAUGGGUCGGUACCAACGGGCUUCGGAAGUGUACACGAGGGUGUUAGGUGUGUGGCCUAACCAUUGGCGGGCUCAGCUUAACAAGGGGGUAUCGUUGUUAGGUGCUGGUGAAACCGAAGAAGCGAAAAAGGCUCUGAAAGAAGCAUUGAAAAUGACUAACAGGAUUGAAUUGUACGAUGCGAUUUCUCACUUGAAGCAGCUUCACAGAAAGAAAAUGCAAGGAAAGGGGAACGGCAACGGGAAUGGGGAUGUCGCGUUUGUCGUUGUGGAACCGUCGAGGUUUAAAACUGUUGGUGAAAAGACGACGUUGAGGCAAGAACUUGCUACCGCUCUUAACAUCAGAGGUUUUCAACGAACGACAAGGUUGACCCGUUGCGAUGUUGACCUUUUAAAGAAGGAAAUGAACGAAAACGAGACGCCAUUGUCAUAUUCAGGAAACGGUCCGCCCGAAAAAUCUAUACGUAAGGCGUCUUUAGAGGUUGUUCUUCGACGGUUGCUUAGUUUCUUGAAGCCCGAAACGUUUGUAGGAGCGGUGAAGGCAAUUAAUCUAAAAAUCCUCACGGUUUUAGACGAAUCAGAAUCGGGUCGGGUUGAUUUAGGUAUGUUUUUCGCGAUUCUAGCUCCCAUAUGUGGUGGUACACCCGAUAAACGCAAACGGGUAGCCUUCGAUUCACUUCUAUGGCGAACCGUUCCCGAACAAGGGGUUAACGGGCAGAUAAAAAAGAUCGACGCUUUACGUUAUAUCAAGUUAUUGCGUGCGAUCUACAUCCCUACGCAAGGGGCCAGCGAACUCCUGGAGAUCCAUGGAGAAAUCGAUACUUCAAUGGUGUCAUUCACCGAGUUUGUUGUUAUGUUCGAUGAUCCAGAUUGGGGUUUCGGUAUCAUGUCGACUCUAUUAAAGCUUGAAACUUGCGAUAGGAACCGACAUGGUAAACAAUCGUGUGGCGUUUGUCGGUACCCCAUAAUCGGGUCGCGGUUUAAAGAGAUGAAAUCGCAGUUUAGUCUUUGCAGUCAAUGUUACAGUGAAGGAAAAGUGCCCCCAAGUUUCAAAAACGAAGAGUACCGAUUCAAAGAGUAUGCGAAAGAGAGUGAUGCAGUGAAAGAUAAGUGUUUGUGGUUUAGUAAAAGCUCCUCAGGUACCAACCACUAAAGACUAAUUUGUAAAACCGUAUAUUAUUAUUAUUAUUCUUUUAGUUGUUGUUUGGUGUGUGAUAUAACUCGGGAAUGUGUUCAUAGUGUUCUAAUGUUAAGUGUAUAAUAAAUCCUGAAUUCUUUGUGUAACAAUUCUUAAUUUGUAUUC